AUUCACCAAGUAUUAAUUAGUUCAUAGAACUAACUAACUUUGGUUAGUUAGUAUUUUUCAUAGAAAAUGACACACAUAAACGUCAUAAUAUGACCUUUUCGAACGUAUUUCUUUAACAAACCUAACAAACCCACACAAAAAUCGAAUGCUGCACCGAUGCAAACAGCAUUGUUUGUAACGAUUAGCAUAAUUGUCUUCCUGGAAUGCUCCAACGCCGACGAGCUGAACCCGAAACUGCUGAAGCGAGCCAAGCGGAUGUUCCAGCAAAAAGAACGUCAAUACGCCAAGGAGAAAGGCAUCAGCCGCGAGCUAAAGAGUUUUAUCGACAGCCACCGAAACCAAGAGGCAAGCGACAGGGUGAAGCGAGGCGAACUGGAAAAACUCGACAAAAGCCACAUGUACAUCAUCAAGGACGGCGAGGUGAUGCCUCUCACCGACGUCAACAUACCCGAGAUCAGCAUCAUAACCAACCCCACUGUGGCCUCUGAUUUGGGGGUCACCGGAGGUCCAGGGGGUUCAACGAAGUGCUACAAAAAGGGGGAGGAGAAUAAUAGCACUGGGAGACUCGCUGAGGAUUUUACUGUUUUGCCUUUGGUGGUUCCGCUUGGGGCUGAUAUUUAUCGCAAUGGUGGUGGUGGAGGGGGUAAUUCCCAUGACGAUAUGAUUAUUGAUAGGAUUAUGGACGAUGUGGAAAAUUUGGAAAAAAUUAAGCAUAGUAAAUCUUGGAAACAUGGGAUCGACGGUGCAAGUUGCAACGUGUCCGGAGCUUGGAUAUCAACCGCUGGGGGCAUGGAGCUGACAAUCCCCCAAAUAGACCAAAACAUGACCGGUCGCGUCGAACUAAAACGAACUGUUUCCCCCAUAAUGACCUCUGGCUUUUUGAGCGAAGGAGAUUGGAGCAUGAUAUGUCAAACACCAUUUCAACAUUCCUCCAUGGUGCUUCUGGUGGCCACAAGAAAAGAGGGCAAGAAAAUCGCAACUUUCAUAGGUGAAUGUAGAGUAUGCGGAACUAGCGAAGUAAUUUCGGGCGACUGGAUGAUAGGAAGGAGUUCUACAGAUUGCAGGGACCAAAAAGCUUCGCACGCUAUGUUAAGCGACGUUUUUAGGAAGGACAAUGUGGACAUGUUACACGACCACCAUUUAAGUGAAUUAAUACGUCCCACGCAUAUCCCUGACAAUCUUUGAUCAUCAACAUUUUUAAUUAGGACCAUAAAUAUUGAAUAUAGAGUAUUUUUAGAAUACCUCAGAUUUUACACCAAUAAGGACACAUCUUGUAUUUCUCAUAAAAAUAUUAAAUACACUAAAAAA